AUGGUAUCUGUCUCUCCGUCUGAAAGCCAUGUGCAGCAGUCUCUAUCUUUCUCUUCUUUGUCUCUCCUCAAGGGCCCUACUGACGCUCUGCUGCAGCAGCAACAAACUGCAGCAGCAGCAAAUAAACCUCUGCUGCCUCAGCAGCAAACUCCAGCAGCAGCAAAUAAGCCUCUGCUGCAGCUGGGUAAAUACAGGCGCCAUCAGCAGCAGGAAGCUCCACCGCAGCGCCAUCUGCUGCUUCCGGCCAGCAGCAGCAGCAGCAGCAGCAGCAGCAGGGAAAUAAGCAGCAGCGGCAGCCGCAGCCGCAACAACAGCAAAAGCAGCAACAACAGCAGCACCAGGAGCAACGCUGCAUCUCCUGUUGCUGCUGCUUGCUGCUGCGGUGUCUCUCACGCCCCCUCAUCAGCUCCACAACACCUGCAAGGCUGCUGCAGCAGCAAACUGCGAACCUCUAGCAGCAGAAAUAGCAGCAAAGAGAUAAGCAGCAACAGCAGCAGCAGGGAAAUAAGCUGCAGCAGCAGCAGCAGCAAGACAAACAGCACUGGCAGCUGCUGCUCCCUUACUGCUGAGCAGCAAAUCCUAGGGGACAACAGCAGCAGCAAGCCAAGUACUGCCCCCCAGCAGGUAGCAGCAGCAGCAACAGCAGCAGCAGCUAAGGAAAUAGCAGCAGCAGCAACUGCAGCAGCAGCAGCAGCAGCAGCAGCACCAUGCAGGCAGGCAGCAGCUUCCCCUCCGCGCGCAGCGACUCCACUGUCGCCCUAUCGGCGAGACUGUGGGGCGCCUGAAGAGAUGCUGCAGCAGCACUUUGCUGCUGCUGCUGUUGCUGCAGCAGAACCUGCAGCCGUAGCAGCAGCAGAACCCGCAGCAACUGCAGAAGCAGCAACAGAACCUGCAGCGACAGCAGAAGCAGCAGAACCUGCAACGGCAGCAGCAGAACCUGCAGCAGCAGCAACAGCAGCAGAACCUGCAACAGCAAUAGCAGAACCUGCUGCAGCAGAGACUGUUGCAGCAGCACCAGCAGAAUCUGCAGCAGCAGCAACAGCAGCAGAACCUACAACAGCAGUAGCAGAACCUGCAGCAGCAGAAACUGUCGCAGCCGCACCAGCAGAACCUGCACCAGCAGCAACACCAGAACAAUCUGCAGCAGCAGCAGGACCAGCAGAACCUGCAGCAGCAACAGAAGAAGCUGUUGCAGCAGCACCGGGAGAAAUUGCAGCAGCACCAGCAGAACCUGCUGCAGCAGCACCAGCAGAACCUGCUGCAGCAGCACCAGCAAAACUUGCUGAAGCAGCAACAGCAGAACUUGCUGCAGCAGCAACAGCAGAAUCUGCAGCAGUUACAAUAGUACAGGAGGAAGAGGAGGCACCCGCAAGGGGGGCAGCACUAACGGCAGCAGCAACAGCAGCAGCAACACUAUCGCCAUCAAUGAAGCCAUUCACAGCAGCAACAGAAACUGCAGCAGCAACGCCUGCAUCUGCAGCAGCACUAACGGCAGGAGCCGGAGCUGCAACAGCAGCACAAACUGCAGCGGCAGCCGCAGAAAAAAAAGCAGCAGCAAAACAAAAUACUGCAGCAGAGCACAGCGUAGCGGCAACUGCAACAAAACCCGUGACAGCAUUCUCUGCAGGACCGACAGCAGCAGCAGCAGCAGCAGCAGCAGCAGCAGAAUCCGUAGCAAGAGCAGAAACUGCUGCCGCAUCAGCCGCAGGAGGCACACCAACACUAAUUGAAGCUGGAGAGGCUGCAGCAGCUGUUGCUGCAGAACCUGUAACAACAGCAGCAACAGAAGCUGCAGCAGCAGCAGUAGAAGCUGCAGCAGAAAUUGCAGCAGCAGCAACUGCGGAAUUUGCUGCAGUAGCAGCAGGAGCAGUUGGAGCAGCAGCAGCAGCAGCAGCAACAGCACUGGAAAGGGUACAAACUAAACCUGCAGAAACUGCAACCGUCGCAGCUGAAGAGCACAUAUCACCCGCAGCAGCAGAUGCUGCUGCUGCUGCAGUUUCUGCUGCAGCAGAAACUGCAGCAGAAGCAGCCGCAGCAGCUGCAGAACCAGCAGCAGCAGCAGCAACACAAGAAAUAACAACAACAGAAAUAUCAACAGAAGAAAUUGCAGCGGCAGGAGCAGCAGCAGCACCAGCUGCACAACCAGCAGCAGCAGCAGCAGAAGCAGCAGCAGCAGCAGCAGCAGCAAAGUGGUCGCCGCCCAGCCUGACGAAGUUAUUUCUGUCUCCACUUUGCUGCGGCUCUGUACCCUCUUCAGAGCUGAGCUCAUCAGAAGGAGAAAUACGCUCUUCUGCUGCUGCUGCUGCUUCUGCUGCUGCUGCUGCUGCACCCUCACGAGAGGCAGUGGCUGCAACCCCCACCUCCGACUUGGCUGCAGAAGCAAACGCAGCAGCAGCAGCAGCAUCAGCAGCAAUUGCAGCACCAGUUGCUGCUGCAAAAGCACUUGCAGCAGCAGACGUGUCUCAGCCCACCGGUGCCCGUAUCGGGUGCAAGCAGCCUAAGCAGCAGCAAACCCUUUGGAUGGAUCUUGCUGCUGCUGCUGCUGCAGCUUCUGCCGCUGCUGCUGGUGAUGCUGCUGCGGCUUCCGCUGCAGAUCCACCACUGCAGCAGCAGUUUGCUGCCCCUUCAGGGCUGCCCGUAGUCGCUCUUCCCCUGUUACAGCAAAUACAGCCGCCGCCGCAGCAGCAGCAGCAGACGCUGCUGCAGCGCCAGCAGCAGCAGCAGCUGCUGCUGCUACUGCAAAACACUCAGCAGCAACAGCAGCAGCUGCUGCAGCACUUUCCGCUGCAGCAGAGACACAUGGCGUCAGUUGUUCCUUUAAUUGGAUACCCUCAGGCCUCCACUGUCUCGUGGGGCCCUGGAUCAGCAGCAGCAGCAGCAGCAGCAACAGCAGCAGGAGCAGCAGCAGCAGCAGGAGGGACAGCCACGGCAGCGGCAGCACCCGCAGCAUCAACGGUAUUAACGCUGACAGCAGCAGCCCCAGCAGCAGCACAAUUCACAGCAGCGCCUCCUCCUGCUGCUGCUGCUGCUGCACCAGCAGCAGCACAAAGUAGAGCAGCAGCAGCAGCUGCAGAAUUUGCUUCGGUAAGAGGUGGAGCCGACUCAGUAGGAUGGAGCGGAGGACAACGAACAGCAGCAGCAAAGACAGCAGCAGCAGGAACAGCAGCAGAUAUUUCGUGCUGCACCUGGGAAGAAAGACUUUGGCCUAAAGCCCCUGUUGCUGCUGCUGCUGCUGCUGCUGCUGCUGCGCCAACGGACUCAACAACAACAGCAGCAGCAGCAGAGCAAAGAAGGCCCCAGCAUCAACACUGCAGCUGCGUCUCGUCGCUGCAGCGGACCCAGCGGCAUGCUGUCGAUACUGCACCUGUACACGGCCUGGAGCCUGCUACUGCUGCUGCUGCCGCUGCUGCUGCUGCUGCUGCCGUACCCCCCAGCAGCAAGUUGCUGCUGCAGGAGAGGGGCUCAGCUUCUCUCAUGGGUGCCGGCGGAGAGGCGGCUCGCGGGGCCUCUCUUUGGCGGGCGCAGCAGCAGCAGCAGCAGCAGCAGCAGCAGCAACAGAAGCAGAAGCAGCAACUACACCUGCUGCAACAGAGGAACUUUUGUUCAAGUGCAGCAGCAGCAGCAGCCCGGCAGCAGCUGCUGCUGCAGGAAACCCUCGCAGCCAUUGCUGAUGAACGGGAGGCCCUACUGCAGCAGCUGCCACAAAAGCAGCAGCAGCAGAAGGGAGGAAAGGCGCAGCACAAAGGCAGACGCCUGCAACAGACCCCCCAAGCUUGCGGCGGCAGCAGCAGCAGCAGCAGCAACAGCAGCAGCAGGUUAAUAAUCCCCACUGCAGCACCAACAACAGAGCCUCCUGCUUCUGCAACCCACACCAUCAGUACCAGAAACCGAGAUGCAGUGCUGCAGAGAUUUGCUGUUGCUGCUGCUGCUGCUGCUUCUGCUGCUAAGCCGUCCUCGUUGCAGCAAACGCAGCAGCUUAGGGGCUGCCAGCAGCAGCAGCUGCUGCUGCGGCAGCAAGGCGACACACCAGAGGCUUGCUGCUGCGGCAGCAGCGCCAACACGGGCUUCAGCAGCAAGGGGUACAGGACCAAGGGGGGUAGCCCCCCAGCAGCAACAGCAGCAUCAGCAGCAGCAGCAGCAGCUGUAGGUGCUGUUGGUGCUGCUACUUUUGUCUCCGGAGCAUUGAAACGCAAUGAGAGGAAAAGGAAAGAGCCGGUGGCUGCUGCUGCUGCUGCUGCUGCUGCGGCAAAGGCAGCAGCGGAAGCUGCCGACGCGGCAGCAGCUGCUGCUGCCUCAACAGUUGUGAAGUCUGCUGCAGCAGCAGCAGCAAAUAAAAUACGUGCAGCAGCACAAAACGAGCCUCCCGGAGUGGCGGGUGCUUCUCCACUUGUCAGUUGUGCUGCUGCACCUGCUGCUGCUGCACCUCUUGCUGCUGCUGCUGCGCCGGCUGCCGCUGCUGCUGCAUCUUUUCAUGAUUAUGCUGCUGCUGCUGCUGCAGCUGGGCACUACCAGCAGCAAUUUGCACACUGCAAAGGCCCGAAAGUACUUGCUGCAGGGGCAGGAAGUAGCAGCAGCAACAGCAGCAGCAGCAGCAGCAGCAGAAACAGCUGCAGCAGAAGCAAGAACAGCAGCCCCCCUUACGCCAACAGAGGAGCAACGGUUCUAAGGAGCCUUCGGCCCCCAAUUAAAAGGGCCCGCUGUGUUGGCUGCAGCUGUCAGCAAGAAGCACAGCAGCAACAGCAGCAGCAGAAGCAGCAGAAGCAGCAGAAGCAGCAGCAGCAGCAAAGGAGGCCAGUAAGCGCUUCUGCCGAAGCAGCGGCAAUGCUGCGAACCCCGUGCAGCAAAUCCCGCAGAUAUCAAUCAGCUCCAGCUUACAGAUGUACCCCCAGCAGCAGCAGCAGCAGAAGCAACAGGAAGAGCAGCAGCAGCAACAGCAGCAGCAGGAAUACGAUACGUAGAGCAACAGAACAAACAGACGCGCCUUCUCCGAGCGAACUGCUGGCUGAGUUGCAGCCAGCAGACUCUCGUCCUGCUGCUGCUACUGCUACUGCUGUACCUCUGUGCUUCCCACAGCAGCAGCAGCAGCAGCAGCAGCAGCGGGUGCAGGCCACAGCUUCAAGGAAUGCAGUACGCGAGCAGCAGCAAAAGCGGUAUGAUGAAAAGCUGUCGAGAAUGAGGCGCCAGCUGCAGCAACAGCAGCAACAGCUGCUGUUGCUGCAGCAGCAGCACCCUCAGCUGCACCCUCCAUGGAACAGUAGCACUGCCCCUGCAGUCACAACAGCAGCAACAGCAGCAGCAGCAGCAGCAUCUCAGGUGUCUUCGCAGCUCCGCAUACCCCCCAAGUUACCAGCAGCAGCAGUUGAGGCCAUCUCGGCGAGGCUGCACGGCCGAGCGAAACAAAUGAAAGAGAUGCGUCUCUUGCGGCAGCAGCUGCAGCAGCAGCAAGAGUUGCUGCAGCUGCAACAGCAGCAGCGGGACAGCUUCGUCAGAGCUUCUGGCUGGCCUACCAGCAGCAGCAGCAGCAGCAGCAACAGCAGCAGCAACAACACUAGAAGAAAAACACAGCAAAACGGCUGGGGGACGCAGGCGCUGCCUUACUAUGAACGGGAAGUGCUGCGGAAGCUGCAGCAGGACAAGCUGCAGCAGCAGCAGCAGCAACAUAGACAGCAGCACAAGAAGAUGCAGCAGCAGCAGCAGCCACAGCAGCUGGAGCAGCUGCAGGAGCGGUUGCAGCAGCCUGAUAAUCAAGAGGAGUCCGAGGCAGGUGCUGCAACUGCUGCAUAUAGCAGCAGCAAAAAUACACAGAAGUUGCAGCUGCGCGAGCAGCAACAGGAGCAACAGCAGGAGAAGCAACAACAGCAGCAACAGCAGCAGCAGCGGCAGCAGCAGCAACAGCAGCAACAGCACGCUUCGAACGGGCCUUCUCUUGCUGCUGUUGGCGAGGCAAGGAAUGACCCCUGCUUGUCUCCUUCCUCUUCCUUGCAGCAGCAGCAGCAACAACAGCAGCAACAACAGCAGCAGCAACAACAGCAACAUGUACGUCAACAGCAGCAGCAGUUGCAUCAGCAACCACACCACGUGCAGCGACAGCAGGAGCAGCAGCAGCAGCAGUUGCAGCAGCAGCUGCUUCACCAGCAGCAGCAAGAGCUCCUUUUCCUGAGGCAGGAGGAGCGGAAGCAUCAACAAAUGCUGCAGUGUCUGCAGCAGCAGCUGCAGCAGCACCAGCAGCAGCAGAAGCAGCAUCUGCUGCGGCACAACCACAAGCUGCAGCAACUCAUAAAGCAAAACCAGCACCUGCAGCACCAGCUGCACCAACAGCAACUGCAGCAACAGCAGCUGCAACAACAUCAGCUGCAGCAACAGCAGCUGCGGCAAAAGCAACUGCACCAACAGCAGCUGCAGCAGCAUCAGGAGCAGCUGCAGCAACAGCAGCUGCAGCAGCAGCAGCUGCAGCAGGGGCAGCUGCAACAACAGCAGCUGCAGCAGGAGAAGCUGCAACAACAGCAGGUGCAACAACAGCAGGUGCAACAACAGCAGGUGCAACAACAGCGGCUGCAACAACCGCAGCUGCAGCAAGAGCAGCUGCAGCAAGAGCAGCUGCAGCAAGAGCAGCUGCAGCAAGAGCAGCUGCAGCAGGAGCAGCUGCAGCAGGAGCAGCUGCAGCAGGAGCAGCUGCAGCAAGAGCAGCUGCAGCUGCAGGAGCAGCAACACAGCGAAGAGGUACCUACUGAGGCACCUAAAGCCACAAUAAGGCCUUUCUACGCCGCGCAGCAGGAGCCGCAGCAGCAGCAGCAGCAACUGUUGCUGCAGCAGAAGUCGCAGCAACCGCAGCAACAGCAGCAGCAGCAGCAGGAGCAAGAGCCGCAGCAGCAACAGCAACAGCAGCAGCAGCAACAAGAUCCAAGAGUGCAGCAGCAGCAAGAAACGGAGGUGCCAGCGUCUACUGAAGCUGGUAGUAACGGCGCUGCUGCUCUCUACACCUGCGCUUCUGUGGAAUCUCCUGCUGCUGCUGCUGCUGCUGCUGCUGCUGCGUGGAGGAGCAGCAGCUUCUCCAAGGGCUGCAGCAGACAAUGUUCCGACGGGGAAUGGCGCUGCCGCACUUAUGGUGCUUCAUCUGCUGCAGCUGCACCUGCUGCAGCUGCACCUGCUGCAAGCAUGCAGCUGCAGCAGCAGCAGCAACAACAGCAGCAGCAACAGCUGCAGCUGCUGCCACUAGAGGUCAGCCUUCGGUCGCCUGAGGCUGAGGAGGGCGAAGAAGGAGCAAUAGACGAGCAGGACGCCGCUGCAGCAGCAGCAGCAGCAACAGCAGCAGCAGCAACGGCGACAGCAACAGCAACAGCAACAGCAGCAGCAGAAGCUACAGCAGCAGCACCACCGCCACUAAGGGGCCUGUCCGCUGAGCAGUGGUCUGAAGGCGAGUGGAAAGAGACACCGCGCCCUGGGCACCGCAUGCAGCAGUUUUUCACCUCUAAACAGCUGCAGCAGCAGCAGCAGCAGCAGCAGCAGCAACAGCAGCAGCAGCAAAUGUAUGCACAGCUCGACGCCCUCGCGCAAAGCCUUUCGGUCCCUUCCGGCUACAACAACGCCGCAGGAAACUCCACGUCCCAGCAGCAGCAGCAGCAGCAGCAGCAGCAACAGCAGCAGCAGCAGCAGCAGCAACGUGUUCAUGGCUCUCGCUCGGCUCCGGCCUCCUCGCCGUCUCUGCUACAGCAGCUGCGCAGGCUGUACGGCAGAGGCAGCAGCCAGCAGAGAUGGCAGCAGCAUCAGCAACAGCAACAGCAACAGCAGCAGCAGCAACAGCAGCAACAGCAACCGCUACAGUACGCACACGGCUGGGUAACAGAUAACAGGCUGGAGGAGAUCAGAGAUAUCCAGGAGCAGCGCGUAGCAGCACUGCUGCAAAAGCAGCUGCAGCAGCAGCAGCAGCAACAGCUGCUCUUGUUGCAGGAGCGACAGCAGCAGCAGCUACUGCGACAGCAGCAAGAGGCAAGAUCUCACCAGCCUCUGCUGCAGCAACAAUGCUGGAUAGGCAGCGACGCCCCACAAACAAAACAGACACACGUCUUCGGUCUCAGCAGCAACGGCCUGCAGCAGCAGCAGCAGCAGCAGCAGUGGCACAAGGAGGCGGAACAGCCGCAGCUCCCCACAGGAGACAGGAGCUGCACUUGUCCUUGCAGCGAGACGGGUAUCCUCCAACAGCAGCAGCAGCAGCAGCAGCAGCAACGACAGCGGCAGCAGCAGCAGCAGCAGCACCAACAGCAGCAGGACGCAAAGCUCUCUAGCGACUUCAACUGUACGAGUUUCUUCUACUUCCCCAGAGGGGGAGCUGAGUCGCUUGUUGCUGCUUCUGGUCCUGCUGCUGCUGCUGCUGCUGCUGCUGCCACUUCGAGGGCACCAGCAGCAGCAGCAGCAACAACAGCAACAACAAGAAGCAGUACUUCACGUCGCCCGCUUUCGGGCAACGGCCACCUCCUGCAGCAGCAGCAAAAUGAUUCACACCUGCAGCAACAGCAACAGCAGCACGAACAGCUUCAGAAGCAGGUAGAGCAGCAGCAGCAGCAGCAACCUAAAUGCCAUGUUAUCGAGAGCAGCAGCAGCAGAUCAGCCCGCGGGGGGCACCAAGCACUACGAAGCGCUGCAGCACCAGGAGCAGCAGCAAGAGCAGGAGCUAGAACAUCUUUGCAGCAGCAGCAGCAGCGCUUGCUGCUGCAGCAGGGGACGCGACGGUCUAUGAGGUCAGGAAGGCCGAGGCCCCUACCUACCCCCACUCAUGAGCAGCAGCAGCAGCAGCAGCAGCAGCAGCAGCAGCAGCAGCAACGGCAGCAGCAGGCAGCAAAACAAUUCGCUUCCAGCGGGUCUCCAAGCUGGGCUCAUACAAUGCAGCAACGGCUGCAGCAACAGCAGCAGCUGCAGCAACAUCCACAGCAGCAGCAGCUGCAGCAACAGCAGCAGCUGCAGCAACAUCCACAGCAGCAGCAGCAGCAACACCCAGCCACCCCACACAAGGAGCAUAAUCUGCAGCCGUCCAUUGCUGUUUCUACUCCUGCUGCUGCUGCUUCUGCUGCCAACCAGCAGCAGCAGCAGCACCAACAUUCGCACAUUAUACCGCGAAGGAGCCCUUUUAGAUUCCGCUCGCAGCAAACAACUCGACAGCAGCGGCAGCAGCAGCAGCAGCAGCAGCAGGAGCAGCAGCAGAGCCUGCAAAACCCGCAGAAAACGUUAGUGCUCCCCUCAAGGGUAGAGCACGCACAGCAGCAGCAGCAGCAGAAGCAGCAGCAGCAUUGGGGCUGGGUGACGUCUCGCCGUUUAUAG